AUGAAAGAUCAAUCUCUUCCAAACAAUAUAAAAGCCUCUUUACCAGAUAAAUAAUAAGAAUUGGAGCAGUUAGAAAACUAACCUCAAUAGGAAAAAGGCGAAAAUGGUUAAAAUCCUGAUUAAAUAUAACAAGAAUCUCAAAAAAUAAAAAUGAGCGAAUAUAUCAAAUAACAUCAGAAAAAGUCAAUGUAGGUUUGCGAAUCUAUUGAAUUAGAGCAAGAAAAAAAGAAUAAAAGUUGUCGUAAUUCAGCUUGGCAAGCUUCUUGGCAUUACAGAAUUAUCCAAUAUUGGCAGUCUAUCUUCAAUAGAAGAAUAGUCUCAUUUUCUUGUUUUGCUCUAUAAGUUGGUGAUGUUUUUAUUUUCUGUGGGUUACUUUGCUUUUUGUGUAUCAGUUGUGUUUCAAUCAAAAAGUCAAAAAGCUCUGGAAAUAUGGCUUCAAUAACAAUGGCUGCGACAAUAGUUUUCGGAUGCCGUAAUGGUUUUCUCAGCUACUUAUUUGGAUUAAGUUUAGAAAGGGCUCUUCUAUGGCAUUAAUUCUUAGCUUGGAUCACACUAGGUAUGUCCAUAAAUCACUGGGUUCAUUCAAAAUCAAUAGCUAGUGGAUUUAUUGUUUAAGUUCCUCUUAUGGCAUUCAUAGUUUUCUCUAUUAAACCAAUCAGAAGAUAUCUAUGGGAGUUAUUUAUGAAAAUGCACUGGAUUCUUAUCAUAGUCAUGAUUGUAGGAUGCAUAGCUCAUGGCGUAACCUAUGCCUUAUUCGCCCUAGGCUACUUUGCUCUGGAUGUUGUUUACAGAGGAUAUACAGUGUACUAGCUCAGAAAUAUAUCAAACUAAAUGAAACUUGAAAGGAUAGGAACAAAUAUAACUAAAAUUUCAAUAAGCAAUAAAAAUAAUAAAUACAAAGGAGGAUAGUAUUAUUUCAUAAUGAUUCCUAAGCUUGGUUAUUUACAAUGGCACCCUUUCUCUGUUUUCAGUGCAUCUUAUGAAGAAGAAAUAGUCUUUUAUGUAAAAUGCCUUGGUGAUUGGACUACUCAAUUGUACUAAAUUGCUGGAGAGUAAGGUAAACCCACUAUAUUUAAGGGCUAUUUAGAUGGCCCAUAUGGAUACCAUUCUAUUAGCAUAGAAGGAGAUAAGUAUAAAAAUUUUCUUUGUAUAAGUGGUGGUAUUGGAGUUACUCCAAUCAUUAGUACUGCUAAAGAGCUUUUACAUUAAAUUGAAUAAGGAAGACCAAUAAAUAGUUUGUACUUUAUAUGGACUGGUAGAGAUUCAGCGAUAGUUUAGAGUGUAUUAAAACCUGAUGAUUUAAGAUCUCUAUUAAACCAAGAUGAUGCUACUAUCCUUUAAAAUUUCUAUCAUUAUUCUGAUAAAGGAGAUAAAAAAAUUGAUGACCUAGAAAAAUAAGCUUAAAUAGAAUAGCAUUAAUUAGUUGUGUUAGCCAAAGGCAGACCAGAUUUUAAUAAAUAUUUUGAAGCUGCCUUUAAUUCAGCAAAAGCUAAAGGUGAUCAUUUAGUAGGUGUGCUUACAUGUGGACCUUAGCAAUUAAUUGAUGCUGCUGAGAUAAACUCUAUGAAGUGGUCAAAGGAUGGCAUCAGAUUUGAUUGCCAUUAAGAAGUUUUCGAUUUUUGA